ACCUCUCUCUUUCUCUUCUUAUAUACGUCCGCACCUCAAUCUCUUGACGAAACUAUAUAAUAAAGUUGGGAGAGGACUUUUUAAAACUACAACUCCCGGCAUCCCUUGUGAAGGCGCUCUCGCGAGUUGUAAGGAGACACGUACGCGGAAGGAGCAAGCAGCAGCAGGCGGCAGAGCUGGCGUAAAGGGAGCUAGUGGAAAGGGCGACGUGUUGCGAUUUGAAGUGUGAGGUCUGAGUGUAUUCUUCUGUUGGCGGUUGAGGUUUAGGUAGCAAUCUCCAUCAUGCUGAAAGCUGUGAUACUCAUUGGAGGCCCUCAAAAGGGGACUCGCUUCAGGCCUUUGUCUUUUGAGGUGCCCAAACCACUGUUUCCUGUGGCGGGUGUCCCUAUGAUCCAGCACCAUAUAGAAGCUUGUGCCCAGGUUCCUGGGAUGCAGGAGAUUCUGCUCAUUGGCUUCUACCAGCCUGAUGAGGCCCUCACCCAGUUCCUAGAAGCUGCCCAGCAGGAGUUUAACCUUCCAGUCAGAUACCUGCAGGAGUUUGCUCCCCUUGGCACAGGGGGUGGUCUCUACCAUUUCCGGGACCAGAUCCUGGCUGGGGCACCUGAGGCCUUCUUCGUGCUCAAUGCUGACGUCUGCUCUGACUUCCCCCUGUGUGCUAUGUUGGAUGCCCACCGACGCCAGCGCCACCCUUUCUUACUCCUCGGCACCACAGCUAACAGAACACAAUCCCUCAACUAUGGCUGCAUUGUUGAGAAUCCACAGACGCACGAGGUCCUACACUAUGUGGAGAAACCCAGCACCUUUAUCAGUGACAUCAUCAACUGUGGCAUCUACCUUUUCUCCCCAGAAGCCCUGAAGCCUCUUCGGGAUGUUUUCCAGCGUAAUCAACAGGAUAGGCAACUCUGCCUUGCUCUGGGAGAGGAAUCUCCAGGCUCAUGGCCUGGGGCAGGGACCAUCCGACUGGAGCAGGAUGUUUUCUCAGCCCUGGCCGGGCAGGGCCAAAUCUAUGUACACCUCACUGAUGGUAUCUGGAGCCAGAUCAAGUCUGCAGGCUCAGCUCUCUAUGCCUCCCGUCUCUAUCUGAGCCGAUACCAGAUCACUCACCCAGAACGGCUAGCCAAACACACUCCAGGGGGCCCACGAAUCAGAGGAAACGUUUACAUCCAUCCAACUGCUAAAGUGGCCCCGUCCGCUGUGCUGGGCCCCAAUGUCUCCAUUGGGAAGGGGGUGACUUUGGGCGAGGGUGUGCGUCUGCGAGAGAGCAUUGUCCUUCAUGGCGCCACUUUGCAGGAGCACACCUGUGUCCUUCACAGUAUCGUGGGCUGGGGAAGCACUGUGGGGCGCUGGGCCCGCGUAGAGGGGACUCCCAAUGACCCUAAUCCCAAUGACCCCAGAGCUCGCAUGGACAGUGAGAGUCUCUUCAAGGAUGGAAAGCUACUUCCUGCCAUUACUAUUCUGGGCUGCCGGGUCCGAAUCCCUGCCGAGGUGCUCAUCUUGAACUCGAUUGUUCUGCCACACAAGGAGCUGAGUCGAAGCUUCACCAACCAAAUCAUCCUGUGAGGGUGCUGUGUAAAGGCCUCCAGGACUCCUGCCCACUCACCUUUGGGCUACUGCCUACCUGGCCAGCUUGGUCCAGAAAGAAUCUGAGGAAACCAGGCAGAAUCCUCCCUUGCAAGGUGGCCCAGGACGUCUGGCCUCCCUCCCCACUCCCAAAUAAACCCCUAUGAACCUUGGA